UUCGUGAUUUCAUCUGACUUGCGUGAUAAGCGAGACCAGAUCGUUGAACGAUUGAUACAUAUGUUCUAUAAACAAGCAUCUAUCAAAUUUUGCAAUCACAUGACGUAUGCUAUGCUGAGAAAAUCAUGACAUGAUAUAAUUUUUAGUGUGUUAUGCCGGUAAAGAUGGAGUUCGAUCUAUUGCGAAUGUUCUGUUGCGGCUUUAUCCUAGUUGGUUUCUGCGUAGGUGAGGAAAUUAAACCGACUCCAAAAAAUGAUUACAUUAAGAAAAUGUUCAACCCUGAAAGAGAAUUAUCAAGUCACAUUGCGGCGUUUUACAACGGGGUACAAAAUGGUUCGAUCAAACUUCAAAGGGAAAGACUGAACUGCUCUCACGAUAUGAAUUUUACGACUAUCACUAACGACGAAGAUCGGAGAUUUUGCUGUAAUGAAAUUGAUAUCUCCUUCCGACAAGCAUGGACGGGGGUACUGGUGCAUUUAAGUGACUUCUUGAGGGCUUUGCGUGAUCUACAAUGCUCUCAAUUUAACAAUGAAUGUGAUGCAAGAACUUAUGCCUUCACGGAAUUCAAUAGCCUCACGUAUGAUCGGUUUUGUAAUGAAUCUCAAUUCAUGGACAAAUGUGAAAACACACUUACAGAAAUUUUGUUAAAACACGGAGGAUCUGUUAAUAUAAACCAUACUGAUCCGGGAAAUAUCACCGAUCUUGCGAACGGAGACACCACAGUAACGUUACUGAAGCAGAUUAAGCAAACAACCCUUACCUUGGAUGAAAUGUUAAUGACUUGCGUUCAAGCAGCGUUGGUUAAUGUCAACAGUUGUGCGGGAUAUUUUGAAGUGAAAGAAACUCAAGCUCCUAUGUGUGGAAUUGUUUGGUGCGGGUUCACAUCUGAUGCAUUCAAGAGAUAUGAUAUUUCGGAAUGGAUAUGCAUGCCUGCUAGAUGCCGAGCAAACAUUAUCAUACUGAUGGUUGUUGCUGGAUUACUGAGUGUAGCAAGUACCUUAACCAACACCAUCGCCCUAAUUGUAUUUUGGAAAAACAAAAAACUUAGAGACAGUCAAGGAAUUUACAAAAUUUCUCUUGCAGUUGCCGAUCUCUUAAUCGGAAUUUUCGUUUUCCCGACUGUUAUAGAGACAAUGAAACGAGCUUAUAUGCCGUCCAUGCUGUUACAUCAUCGAGAAACAGACGACGGUAUGUCACCGAAGAUGGAUAUUGGAAGUUUUAACUCCAGAUAUUUCAAUUUUAUCGGAUUCUUUUCAACUUGGUCUAACUCUGUCUCCGUAUACAUAUUAGUGAUGGCAAGUUUCGAUCGAUUUAUGGUCGUUUUCCGACCGUUACGAUACAACUUAUACACAGCAAAAUCUCUGGCCAUAAAGAUAUCAAUAGCAGUAUGGGUUCUGGCCCUCAUGUUUUCACUAAUCCCUAUUGUAUUGCCUAAUUUUGAGUACAGGUUUAUCGCUGCUCUUUUUGUCUUUAUAUCUGGGGACGGUGAAAUGAUAAUCUUAGCAAUUGCAUUUGUCAUACCGAUAUUUUGUAUGUUAGUCACUCACGUCGCCACUUAUGUGUUUUCCAAAAAGAACGCGAAGGCUAGACCAAAGGUGAUAUCUUCUGGCGCCAAAGUGAGAUCGAUUAGUGUUGAAAACCGACUUGCCAAAACUUUAUCCAUCAUGGUAGUCGCUUACUUAGUCUGUCUUCUACCAAUGUCUGUUGUGAUAGGACUACAUUUUGUUCUCACCGAAAUCGACACAUUUUAUCCCGCCGAGUUAAACAUAAACACUCUUACUCUUGUAACUUCUUUAGAAAUCAUAUUUUGUAUUCUUUUUAUUUCAAACAGCUUGUUGAACUUUUUUAUUUAUAACAUAAGAAGUAAAGAAUUUCGUAGCGCUUGUACAAAAUUGUUUAAUAUCACAAAAAGUAAACUUAAAUCUAAAUUAAUGAGAAGUUCAGCGAAGGCAGCAAGAGAUAGGCGAACUUCUGCAGCAAUUUCAAACGCUUCUCACAUUACAGUGAGUUCAAAUAAUAACGGAACUCUUUCAAUAAAUCCUAAAUUGAAUGAAGCAAAAUGAAUAUAAUAAGCAUAAGGAUUAGAAGUUAAUUAGUUGAACGUAAAAUUAAUGUUGAAAUAUUUUACUAAUUUGCUUGUAUUUGUCAAUCUGGCCGUAUUAUUUUUUAUUUGGUACAAAAAUUAGUGUCUUCAGGUGUACAGUUGUGAAAAAUGCAACUUACAGAACUGCUUUUUUUCAUUGCAAUGCGAUUUAUUUCUUUAAGGUGUGUUUUAAUAUUAUAUUAUUUUGCAUAACGUUUAGGCCUACAUUGUUUUCAGUAUUGCAGUAUUUUUCACUUUUAUACACAUUUUCUUUCCAUAACCUAUUGUGAUCAGCGUAGCGGUAACAUGGUAUUUUUCAAAUUUUGACAUAUCAACAUGAAGAUAAAAACUCAAAAGCUCAUUUUUUAUCGAAAUUAUACAUAUCUUUAGUCCUGACUUCGUUUAUUUGUUGACUUUUUGUUUUCAUAUGUGUUACUUGGUCUGUUUUUAAUUUAUUCAUAUUGAAUAAAUCCCAGUUAUCGGAAGUAUUGACGUUCGUUUCAGUUAAUGAUAAUAGAUGAUGGUCGUUUUUGAACCAAUAUGUUGGUUCAGAAGUGAGAGCAUU